AUGCCUUCAGUUGAAGUACUCCACUGGAUUCCUGUUUACUCCAAGAGAAUAAAGUACUAUCUUGGAGAGGUGAUAGAUCUUGAUGAAGAGGAAAUUGAAGAACAGGAAAUUUGUGCACAUCCUAAGAAGAGAAAGCAUUCGCUUAAAAUGAAAGAUCUAGGAAGUCUUACUCUUCCAUGUGCUAUAGGAGAUAUGGAUGUAGGAAGAGCUAUGCUAGAUUCUGGGUCUAGUAUUAAUAUGAUGCCUUUGUUUUAUUUGAAGAAAAUUGAAGGGCUAAUAUUGAAACCAUCUAAUAUUUUUGUGAUGGUAGCAGAUGGAUCUACUAAGAUGUCGAUUGGUAUGGUGGAGGAUGUGAUUGUUCGUGUUGAGCAUCUUGAGUUCUUGGUCGAUUUUAUAGUCAUGGAUAUGGAGACGAAUGAAAGGAUUCCAUUGAUUCUGGGAAGGCCUUUCAUGAAAACUGCUAAAGUGGUCAUUAGUGUCCAUGACGAGAGGAUCAUGCUAAAGGACUGA